AUGGAUCUGGACAACCUCGACUCCUCCGGCGACAUCGGCAACAACAACAACAGAAGAGUCCACUGCCCACCGCUCGCAUGGAGCUUGCUCCCCAUCCCUGGUGACGCGAGGAUGAAGAACGAGCCUUUGGACUGGUCGUUUCCGCUGGGGAGGCACCCCAGCUCAUCGACGUGGAUGCCCAGGCCCUACUUUUCCAGCAACGCAAAUGGCAUCCAAGCCGCCUGCCCACCAGUACCACUCACAUUCAGCUCACUCCCUGCCCUGAGUCAGUUGGGUACGAAUACCGGCAGCGGUAGCUCAAUGACCUGGAUGCAGAAGCAGAAGGAGCCAAUAUUUGUAGAAAGCAAGCCGAUGCUGCCGCGACUACCUUCUCCGGGGCCGGGUUGGGGAGGAUCAGGUGCUGGAAGCAGCAGCCAUGGCCAGCCUAGGAACAAGGAUGACGACGACGCUCCCCUUGUGGCGGGUUUUGCGGAUGGCUUAUUCACUCAGGAUGAGAUUACCACGAUCAAGGGGGAGAAGACCCUAGCAGAGAUUGUGCUGGCAAAUCCCAAAGGAGUCCGGAGGAUCAUUCGAAACAGAAGUACUGCACAAAGAAGUAAGCAACGCAAGAUGGCGUACCUCUCGGACCUUGAAAGCAAGGCUGAGCUACUGCAACAGGAGACUAACUCACUAUCUGCACGAGUGGAGUAG